UGGAGCAAUGCUUGUGAUUCUGCGGCUCCUCAAAGGCCCCUAGAAGCCUGUUUCUCAGCGCAGUCCAGGACCUCCAGCCCCAUGGAGCCCCCGAUCCCACAGAGCGCCCCUUUGACUCCCAGCUCAGUCAUGGUCCAGCCCCUUCUUGACAGCCGUAUGCCCCACAGCCGGCUCCAGCACCCACUCACCAUCCUCCCCAUCGACCAGAUGAAGACCAGCCAUGUGGAGAAUGACUACAUAGACAACCCUGGCCUGGCACCACCCACUGGCCCUAAGCGGACCCGGGGUGGGGCCCCAGAGCUGGCCCCAACGCCUGCCCGCUGUGACCAGGACGUCACCCACCACUGGAUCUCCUUCAGCGGACGCCCCAGCUCUGUGAGCAGCAGCAGCAGCACAUCCUCUGACCAGCGGCUCUUAGACCACAUGGCACCACCACCCAUGGCUGACCAGGCCUCCCCAAGGGCUGUGCGCAUCCAGCCCAAGGCGGUCCACUGCAAGCCUCUGGACCUCAAGGGCCCAGCGGUCCCACCAGAGCUGGACAAGCACUUCUUGCUGUGCGAGGCCUGUGGGAAGUGUAAGUGCAAGGAGUGCGCAUCGCCCCGGACGUUGCCCUCCUGCUGGGUCUGCAACCAGGAGUGCCUGUGCUCCGCCCAGACCCUGGUCAACUACGGCACCUGCAUGUGCCUGGUGCAGGGUGUCUUCUACCACUGCACCAACGAGGAUGACGAGGGCUCCUGUGCCGACCACCCCUGCUCCUGCUCCCGUUCAAACUGCUGCGCCCGCUGGUCCUUCAUGGGCGCCCUCUCCCUGGUGCUGCCCUGCCUCCUCUGCUACCUGCCCGCCACUGGCUGUGUGAAGCUGGCCCAGCGCGGCUACGACCACCUGCGUCGCCCUGGUUGCCGCUGCAAGCACACGAACAGCGUCAUCUGCAAGGCAGCCGCUGGCGACGCCAAGGCCAGCAGACCCGACAAGCCGUUCUGACACUUUGGGUGGACGUCUCCCUGCCCCCGUGCUCCCCCUGGGAACUCGGUUCCCUUCUGACACCUGAGAAGACUGCAGCGAGGCCAGAGGUUCCAGCGUCUCGAGGAUGACCCUGCCAGUCUGCCCACCCCAGCUUCCGAAGAAACAGAUGGCCCCCCCGUCACCCACUCUCUUCACCGAAAGGAAGAAGCACUUUGGGUUUUUUCAGGGUCCUGGAACUUUGUGUGAAACAGA